UCAUCGGUAUGAGACAAGAAGCAAUGCUAAGAUGCAACUUUCGCCACUCUAUCAAUCUAAGGAAAGAAGCACAGCGUGUGAAGCGCUGCGACCAUUUCUUGUCAGCGAGAGAUUCUUUGCAAGCCUGAGCUCUUCCAUGUUUCCCUCAGCUUCAGUUCACCUCCCCAGGGAAUUCUUCGUUUCUUGCGGAGACCCAACGCUACCAAAGCAUCUCAGGACGUACUAAUCCAAUCCCUACAAGAACACGUAAACAGAACGAGAUAACAAUCACGUCCGCCUCUCGUCCUCGUCCCGACCGACCCAACGGCAGCAGCAAGCAAUCUGGCCUGCCGGGACCGAUGGGCUGCUCCUCGUCGAAGAACCUCGACGAGGAGGAGGCCGUGAAGACGUGCCACGACCGCCGGAGCUUCGUCAAGAAGGCGAUCGCGCAGCGGGACCUCCUGGCCUCCUCCCACGUCGCCUACCUCCAGUCGCUCCGCCGGGUCUCGCUCGCGCUCUUCUACUGCCUCGCCGAGGACGAGCACCUCUACUUCCUGCAGGACACGGCCGCGCAGUGCACCCACCGCCCGUGCUCGCCGGAGAAGAGGGCCGUCCUCCUCGUCGUCAACCGCCUGAGGCAAGGAGGGGCGCCCGUGCACCCGCUGGUGGGGCGGUGGGACGGCGAGGCUGGAGCUCCAGAGGCCGCCGUGGUUGAUGGGUUCUUCGGCGUGGAUCCUCGGCUCUUCCGUCCCCCGGCGAACGACGUUCCGGUUUCCUCGCCGUCGCACCUGCCGUCGGCGUGGGACGUGUUCUGGGUCGACCCCUUCUCUUCGCUGCCGACCGAUCGCGUGGGCUAUGUGAAUCACAAUCACGGCGUCGAAGAGGUGAGGAAUGCUGAUCAAGAAGAUGGUGAGAUGCUGGAGCUGGAAGAAAUAAGCGAGGAUGGCAGCAAUGGUGAAGACGAAUCAGAGAAGGAGGAGGCGCAUGGUCAUGAGCAGGCAGAGAGAGCGCAGGUAGUAGUGGCGCCAAGGGAGGAAGAAGAGAAGAGGGUGGUGGGUGUGAGCAAGAAGCUGAGGGUGCGGGCGAGCGCCGAGGUCGAGCAGCAGAGCACCCCCGGCCGAUUCACCGUGUUCGUCGACAGGCCGCCGGCGAGCGUGGCGGAGGCCAUGAGGGACAUCAAGGGCCAUUUCUCGAAGAUCGCCGAAACCGCCGCCGAGGUCUCGGUGCUGCUGGAGGUCGUCCCCUACCAGAAGAAAGUUCGACCACCUGCUCAGAGAGGGGACGUCGAGGGGGGCGACGGCGACGAGCAAGUCGGCACCCGUGAAGCCUCGCCGGAGCCAUUCCAGCUCUUCCAGAGCCACAAGGAGAGCCUCGACAGGCUCUACGCGUGGGAGAAGAAGCUCUACGAGGAAGUCAGGGCAGGGGAGCGCGUCCGGCUGUCGUACGAGAAGAAGGUGGCGCAGCUGAGGAGCCAGGACGCCAACGGCGCGGAGCCGUUCGCCAUCGAGAGGACCAGGGCCGCCAUCAGGGACCUCCGGACCAAGCUCAACAUCUCCCUCGCCUCGGUCGACGCCGUGUCCCGGAGGAUCGUCGCCGUCCGCGACGACGAGCUGCUGCCGCAGCUCGCGGAGCUCAUCCGAGGGCUGGCAAGGAUGUGGCGGGUGAUCGGCGACGCGCACCGGGUGAUGAAGCGCACCGCGGACGAGGCGAGCGCGCUCCUCUCAUCCUCGGCUGCCGGGGCGGAGGGAGGCAUCAGGGGCCCGCCGCCGCCGCCGGGGCCGACGCGCGCGGCCACCGCGGCGGGCGCGCUGGCAACGGAGCUCCGCGGCUGGCGCGCGGCACUGGAGGCCUGGGCGGAGUCGCAGCGCGGGUACGCGGCGGCGCUCUGGGGCUGGGCGCGGAGCUGCGUCAAGGACGGCGAGGACAUGCCGCGGCUGAUCGUGGCCUGGGCCCGCGCGGUCGAGGCCGUGGACGUGGACGCGGCGACCCGGGCCGUGGAGGGCGUCGCCGCGGAGGCGGCGGCCAUCGCGGCGGCCGCGAGGCGCCGCAGCAGCAGCGCCGAGGAGGAGCCGCCGAACGAGGAGGAAGGGAAGCGGAGGGUCUGCGUCGGGCUGGCGGCGGCGCUGGGCGCCAUCGCCGAGGCCGGCGGCCUGGCCUCCGCAGCGUACCGCGAGCUGGUGGCCGAGAUGAAUGACAGGGAGCGCGAGGCAGAAAUGGCGGGAAGGGACGACGAGCCGUCCAUCCAAAACAAUCCACCGUAGCCUGUAAAUGAAAUGGCGGGAAAGGGAAGUGUACCGUGUGUAAUCUGUAAAUGAAGCUUACCACUGACUGACA